GUCUGAAAGGCUCUGAAAGGGUGUGAGCUUUAUUAAGAUCUGUAAAAUCCCAGAGGGCACUGUGCUUUUUCUUCCCAUACUGUAUGAUGUGCUCUUCAUAACAGAGUAGAAGCAUGCAGUUUCGUUUGUGGAUCUGACUUUUCAUUGAGUCAAGUAAGCCAAGCGGCAGCAAAGAAGAGGAGCUAGAAGAGUUAAUGGGCUGACCCAGAAAAUCUUUUCUGAUUGGCAAAAUAAAAAACUGUAUCAAGACUUCAAGGUGGAGAAUAAUUCAUAGAAAAAAGUUCAGGGCAUAUUUUUUUCAUAUAGAGGAAUGGAGCAGAGGAGGCAUUGCUUGCUUGGAAAUCUACCAGAAGAAUGGUGAAGCUAAAAUCCAGCUGGUGGUAAUAAAGAAAUAUUUUAGUUUUGUACCAAGUUUUGUUCCCAGGAGAAGGGGCUUUGGUAUCAUCACAAGGAUUCAGUCUUUUUGUCACAUCUGCAAGAGGAGCUCAAUGUUCGUGGCCAACAGAGCUGACACUGAAGGUGACUUGGAGAUGCAGUGAGCCACGGAGGACCAAGUAACCACAGGCACUGAGAAGUGGGAGAGUUACUUUCCUUUGGGAGGUUGGUGGCUCCCUCUUGGGCAGGAGAAACUUAGAAGUAACUGUAAGUGGAGCCUUAGCACCUAGCUGCCAAGUGAAGAACAGCUCCAGCUGAAGAGCAAGAGAAAGCGAGGCAGAAGUGUACAUUGAUUUUCCUUCUUUCCAAAUCUGGAAAUAAUUAAAAAAAUAAAACUCGUUGGCUCUUAUGGGAAUAAAACACUCCUCCCGCUGCCUGCUCCUAAGGAGGAAGAUGGCUGACUCUGAGAACACGGAGGUUCUUGGUGGUCCCUCCCAACCUGUUCAGCCAGUGGUAGUUCCGAAGCCUAUUCCACCGCCUAUCCAAAAAGUCAUACAUACCCCUAUUCAACCAAGCUGCCCUGGCAGAGGGAAAAUGGCUAAACUGUUAAAUCCAGAAGAGAUGACAUCAAGGGAUUACUACUUUGAUUCCUAUGCCCAUUUUGGAAUUCAUGAGGAAAUGUUGAAGGAUGAGGUCCGCACGCUAACAUACCGGAACUCCAUGUAUCACAAUAAACAUGUCUUUAAGGAUAAAGUUGUCUUGGAUGUGGGUAGUGGCACUGGGAUUCUUUCCAUGUUUGCUGCCAAGGCUGGAGCACGAAAAGUCUACGGGAUCGAAUGCUCCAGCGUCUCAGACUACUCAGAAAAAAUCAUCAAAGCAAAUCACUUGGACAACAUAAUUACAAUAUUUAGAGGCAAAGUUGAAGAGGUGGAAUUGCCAGUGGAUAAGGUGGAUAUCAUUAUUACCGAGUGGAUGGGCUACUGUUUGUUCUAUGAGUCCAUGCUUAACACGGUCAUCUUUGCACGAGAUAAGUGGCUGAAACCUGGAGGGCUGAUGUUUCCUGACCGAGCUGCCCUAUAUAUCGUUGCAAUAGAAGACAGACAAUAUAAGGACUUCAAGAUCCAUUGGUGGGAAAAUGUAUAUGGAUUUGACAUGACUUGCAUCCGGGAUGUUGCAAUAAAAGAGCCGCUGGUGGAUAUUGUAGACCCAAAGCAAGUGGUGACCAACUCCUGCUUGAUAAAGGAAAUUGACAUAUACACUGUCAAGACGGAAGAGUUAGCGUUUACAGCUGCGUUUUGCCUUCAGGUUCAGCGGAACGAUUACGUCCAUGCGUUGGUUACCUAUUUCAACAUUGAAUUCACAAAAUGUCACAAAAAGACCGGAUUUUCCACAGCUCCCGACGCACCAUAUACGCACUGGAAACAGACCGUCUUUUACCUGGAGGAUUAUCUGACAGUGAGAAGAGGGGAAGAGCUUUUUGGGACGAUAUCUAUGAAACCAAACGCCAACAACAUUCGUGAUCUGGACUUCACUGUAGACCUGGAUUUCAAGGGGCAGCUGUGUGAAGCUUCCAUCUCUCACGACUACAAAAUGCGCUAGCACUACGACCUGCUCACAGGCCCCUCUACCUGCCCCUACCUGCCAUACUUGAAGUCACUGAUUGCUCUUCUGGGACAGAGAUGUGUUUAGCAGACAGUCGAUUCUGAGUGCUGGGAAUUAGCUGUGAUGACAGCAGGAAAUAAGCAACUUAAGAAACAUAGAAAUUAUGGAAAUAACUAAUAAAUGGAAUAUGCAAAUGUCA